UCUGUAGGAGAAAAAGGAAGAUGAAGAACGUGCUGAAAACGCCACCUGAAGCUGCCGUACAGUUGCCACCACCUACCACUAAGCUUACACCGGAGGUCGUCGAGAAUGGCACCAUGACUGGCCCGCCGAUGCUGUCGAGCACCGUCAAGAGACGGCUCCCUCGGAACUAUGACAUGAUGUAUUUGGCCUUGCGACUUGUUUGCUUAUCGGCGUCGGUCGCAUCGGUUGUUGUUAUGACCACCGCCAAACAGAGAUCAACGAUCUCACUUUACGGCUUUGAUCUCCCUGUUUACUCCAAAUGGUCUUUCUCCGAUUCCUUUGACUAUUUGGUUGGAGUAUCAGCAUGUGCUGCGCUUCAUUCUCUUCUUCAACUGUUCGUGAUCUCAAGGAUGAUGCUAAAGAAAUCAUCCAUCAUUUCUUCUAGGAAUCAUGCUUGGCUUAUCUUUGCUGCUGAUCAGGUAUUUUCAUAUGCGAUGAUGAGUGCCGGAUCUGCUGCAUCGGGUKUUACAAAUCUGAAUCGAACCGGGAUCAAACACUCAUCUCUACCCAAUUUCUGUAAGCCGUUGCAUAGCUUUUGUAAUCGUGUUGCGCUUUCUAUUGCAUUCACGUUCUUCAGUUGCUUCUUGCUCGCCAUGUCUGUGGUUCUUGACGUCGUUUGGCUAUCUGAAUGUUGAAGAUCGGCGUACGUAUUACCACCCCUCCCGACGUGCUUCUUGUCUCGAAUGUUUAUUACAAUCAAUCAAUAUAUCUAAAACCCUUGUUAUCGGAACAUUAAUCAAUUUGGUAGUAUA